GGCAAGCAAGAGCGAAAUUUUGGUAGAACUUUGCUAAUUCUUUCAAGGUAUUUUAGGCUUUCUUUCAAGAUGUCUGUAUCCAAGGCAUUAGAGUUUAUGGAUAAAAAAGAUCUUGAGUGUGCCAUCUGCCUCAACAGGUUUCACCAACCAAAGACACUGAAAUGCAUGCACACAUAUUGUCUACAGUGUAUUGAAAAAUGGGUGGAAACUCAUGGCAAGAUGAAAUGCCCAACAUGUGGACAAGAACAUGAUCUUACAAAAGAGGAUUUAAAACAGCUUACUUCAAAGACAAUGAUAAGUCAACUACUAGAGUAUAUUAAAAAAACAGAGGAGCAGAAACCAACUAAAUGCUCUUUUUGUGACAACCAACCAGCAUACCACUGCUCAAGAUGUCAGUUGUAUCUAUGUAGAGGUCAAUGUUUUGAAUGUCAUGAAAAAAUACCUACAACAAAAGACCAUCCUCUUUACACACUAGACAUAAAGGAACAAGAUGGCAGCUCAGACAAAACAACAAAAUGUCCAACUCACAGCAACAUCACAAUAGAAUUUUACUGCUGUACUUGUAACAAAUCAGCAUGUAAACAAUGUGAACACAUCCUCCGAUGUUAUCAAAAACAACACAACGUUAUUCCAAUUUCAGUUGCUAUAGAUAAGUUUAAUGAAGAUGCCACUGAAGUUUUCAAUUUAGCCAAAGAAAUGGAAAAGAAAUUAACUAAAAAACUAGACUUCAUAAAAAAGGAUAGAUUGUUAUUUGAUUCACAGAUAACCUUGUGUACAAUAGCCAUUGAAAUUCAGGAGAAGAACAUUAUCGAGAAAGUUCAAAAGAAAAGCAAGGAAUUAAUGUUAGAACUUGAGGAGGUAAGCAAAGAAAAGAAAGAACAUGAUGAUAGUCAUGUUAGAGAUAUUGAUUUAAACCUGACUCAGGUAAAUGAUGUGAUGACAUCUAUUAAUACAAUUAUGAACAAACCAGAAGAAACAGAAACUCUAGGAGCCCAUAAGACAGUUAUCAAUGCUGUCAGAGACAAGGUCUUAGCAACUGAUUUUGAUAAAUCAUUUACUAAAAAUAGUACACCAAAUUACAUUCCAUCUACUGACUUAGAUGAGUUGAUGAAUACAGAGGGUCUUGGUAAAAUCAGAACUACUGAUAGCAUGAAGUAUGAGGUUGCAGAAGAUGAUGAAACAUUUACAGUCACAAAAGGAGAAUCAUUUGUAGUGAAAGUAUCAAGUCAAGCAGAGAAUGAUGAACGUCAAUUAGCUGCAACUCUAAUAAACCCAUCAGGUGAAAAGUCAGCCACUGAUGUAGAAUAUCAGGGAAGCGGAGAGUACAGAAUAUCAGGUAGAUGCAAUGUGGAAGGUGAUUGGCAAAUGAAGAUAACUGCUGGAGCUGCACAGAUUAAAGGAUCUCCAGUGAAUGUCAAGGUGGAAACACUUGGACUUGUUCUUACUAUUGAUAACAUAUCAGAUUUUAAAGAACAUCAGAAAAAUAAGAAUAUCACAGGUGUAGAGUUAGAUAGAGAUGGAUGUAUAUUAGUAUUAAGCGCUAGUAAAGAUAUACUAAAAUUUAACCAAUCUGGUUCAUAUGUUGCUAGGAUACAGUUGCUACAUGAUGCGCAGGUCGAUUCAGUCCAUCAAAUGGCUGAUGGCCACAUGUUGUAUAGUGAUAAUUUUACAAAACGUGUUGUUAUGUGUGAUGACAAAUUUCAAGAAAUUCGCUCCUUUGGUAAAGGAACAAUAAGAAAUCCAUGGGGCCUCACAGUAAACAGAGAAACUAGAGUCUUGUAUGUAGCAGAUUAUGCAGCUCAUUGUGUAUUUAAAUUCAAUGUUGAUGAUGGUAGAAUGCUGGGUAAGAUAGGUUCAGAAGGCAGUAAAGAAAUUCAAAUGUAUAAACCGGAAUAUGUCACUUUAACAAAGGAAGGUUAUGUGAUAGUAGUUGACUUUGGAAAUAACAGAUUACAAAUGUUUGAUGCAAAUGAUAAGUUUAUGAGAAUACUUGUAGGCUGUGGUAAGGAAGAUGGUAAAGUUAGGGGUCCUCAUGGUGUAACCAUGGAUAUGGAUGAAAAUAUAAUAGUAUCAAGUAAUGAUAAACUACAAUUAUUUGAUAAAAAUGGUGUCUUCAUAAAACGAAUAGAUCAUGAAGAUGAUGGAUUAGAUAUUCCAGCAGGUAUCACUGUUAUAUCCUAUAGACCAAGAAGAGUAGCAGUAAGAAACUAUGGAGCAAACAAUGUCAAAAUUUUCAACUACUAAAUGACUGCAUAUGUUUAGACACGUACACGUACAAAAAAAACUUUUGAUAUCUCUCAUGGGGCAUCAAUUUUGAUGAUUGGUAACUUACGUAUUGAAGUGAAUGUACAGUAAAUAGUUCUUAAAUUUAUUAUAAAUGCACACAUGCAGAGAUGGAAUAAUGCUAUAUGUAUAAAGUAGACACUAAAAAUAUAUAGGCCUAUUAUUCUCAAUUAUAAGAUUAAAUGGAAUUAUAAAAUGAAAUGAAGAAACUUAUAAAGCUAGGCGUAAGGUUAAUAUAAAAAUAGACAGCUUCUUUUAUAGGCAUUUAUUAACGUUAUAGAAAAGCAAAUUAAAUCUUGAAUCUUGAACAUAAGAGCGACAGCUUAUAGUUUAUAUUACAGAUGACAUAAAGUACAAGUCCUUUUCCAUUUAAAGGCAACCUUCAAUUAAGACUAUCUCCAAUUAAAGACUACGGCUAUGUUCACACACGGCGUAAGACUGGCAUAGCUUACGCCAGACGUAAGCUAAUUCACAAAUUAAAAUUCCAAAGUGUUCACACAAACAGCGUUCGCUAUAUUAACGCUGGCGUUAAACUAGUAGUAAUAUAGGCCUAUGGGGGAAUAGUUUUAAGUUUUAAAUAAUGUACGGGUUCUUAACUGUAGUAAAAUUAACAGUGCAUCAGUAAAACUUUUAAAUCUGUGAAUUGUUUGAAGUGAACUUUGUAUUGCAAAUGAACAAUUUUGCUUUGAUUUUUCAGCUAGCAUUGUUGGUGUUGCAGGUUUUAAUAAACAGUCUAAAUAGGUUAAAAU